CGUGACCAUUGUUCCCACGUUUUUCCGGAUCCGAGAAGAUCUCUUGGGUGUUGGAGAAUUUUGAACGGGGCGAGCGUCCAUCUCUUGAUCACUCUUCUUGCAGACUCACUUGAGCAAACACAAGCCGCUUUCGAUCAUGGGCAGACUGCGUAGAUCAAGGACCCACCGAGCCCAGCGUGACGUGCACCGCGCUGCGAGAACUCGAGCCAGAGUCAAGGAUCUGGAUCAGAUCCAAGAUGAUCUCAAACCUCAGAACCGGCGGAAAUUGGAGGUUCAACCGAUAGAUGAGACGAAACCGGGAUUGGGACAACAUUACUGUGUAGAGUGUGCAAAGUACUGCGAGACUGAGAUCGCUCUGAAGGCUCACUUGAAGAGCAAAGUUCACAAACGUCGCUUAAAGGACCUCAAAGAUCCAGCCUACACACUCCGAGAAGCCGAGCAGUCGGCUGGUCUCGGCGUAGAUAACAGACAACGAGGUGUCGAAGAGGUUGUCAAGAGGAUGGAGGGCAUGUCUGGUGUGGAAGAGACCAAGUCAAGUUGACAGAGAGAAUGGGUUAAGGGGAGGACGGUCAUUUCGGUUGUAUAGUAUUCCUGGUGAGCUCUAGCCAAAUGAACGCCGCUUUCGACAUCGUCUGGCUGACCACGACAUCGUCCCUAUUCAGUCAUCUCCUGUAUGAAUUAUUCGACAUCAAUUUACGCUCGGUCGGACCUUGGCAUACCCUGUGACAGCGGUCAGACCGCAUUGCACCGCGCAAGGCACGGGAUGCAGCACAUCCACACACACAAGAUACACACAUUGGUCCCAUGUCACUUGCUGAUCCAUCCGAACCCGCUCGUUCUCGCUGACAUAAUCAAAUAUUAUACAUACGGCGAGAAAAACAUGAGACAAUGCUCC